AUGGGAUUCAGCUUAGCUCUGUCGCGGAAAGCCUUGGCGUUGAACAGAGGGUCGCCCAUGUUGGCUGUGGAGUGGAUAAUGGAACUGCCGGAAGACUACGACGAGACGGCCCCACUCACUCCGCACCAGAUACGAUACAUCCAGAAACAACUCGCCGAAUCAAGGACUACCAACACAGCG